CCCGACCCAAAUCUCCUUUCUGAUCUUCUCUCUCACAGCAGAGACGUCGCACGAGCAAGCUUGCUUCCAUGGCUGCCACUACCUGACCUCGGUAUCACCUUGAAACGACGCCGUACCGAAGCACAAUCAUGAGAAAGGGACACACAAGCUGGCACUGCACGUGACUUCACCAUAACCACCACCAUGUCCUCCACCAACGUCGUUGUUCUAGACAACGGCGGCGGCCUCAUCAAAGCCGGCUUCGGCGUUGAACACGACCCCGCCGUCAUUCUCCCUAACUGCCUCUACCGCUCCCCCUCCUCCAAAAAAUGGCUUCACCCACACCCUCUUCACACCACAACUACUUCCACCGAUUCCACUGCCGCCGAGCUGGACUUCACCUCCGCCGCCGUCCGGCGCCCAUUGGACCGGGGAUACCUAAUAAACUCCGAUCUCCAACGAGAAAUCUGGUCGCACCUCUUCUCGUCAAUCCUGCGCAUAAACCCAACGCAGUCCUCUCUUCUCGUCACCGAACCCUUGUUCACUCUUCCCUCCAUUCAGCGCUCACUGGACGAGCUCGUCUUCGAAGAUUUCAAUUUUAGGGCACUGUACGUGGCAGAUUCCCCCUCGCUGGUGCACCUGUACGAAGCAAGUCGCAGGCCCGACGGGCUUGUAUCUCGGGCCCAGUGCAGCCUAGUUGUUGAUUGCGGAUUCUCUUUCACGCAUGCUUCGCCUGUGUUUCAGAAUUUCACGCUGAAUUAUGGUGUUAAGAGAAUCGAUUUGGGUGGGAAGGCGCUUACUAAUUACCUGAAGGAGCUUGUUUCGUUUCGGUCUGUUAAUGUGAUGGAGGAGACCUUCCUCAUUGAUGAUGUCAAAGAGAAGCUCUGUUUCGUCUCCCUUGAUGUGCCGCGCGAUCUCCGCCUUGCCAGGGAAAGUGGAAAAGAAAAUCUCUUCAGGUGCACAUAUGUGCUUCCCGAUGGUAUCACAUACACCAAGGGUUUUGUUAAGCAUCCAGAGCGAAUACACAACUAUCUUGCCUUGAAGGAUGGCACUUGUGGCUUUCCUCCUCUUCCAGAGGAAACAAAGGGGAAUAUGAACCGCCCAGAAAUUGCUGAGAUGCCUCAAGACCGAAACAGAAUUGAUCUAUCGAAAAAUGAAUUUGACUUGACAAAUGAACGGUUUCUUGUCCCUGAGAUGAUCUUCCAACCUGCCAAUUUGGGUAUGAAUGAAGCUGGGCUAGCAGAAUGUAUUGUUCGAGCUGUCAAUUCGUGCCAUCCACAUCUCCACCCUGUACUCUAUGAAAGCAUAAUUUUAACCGGUGGAAGCACGCUGUUUCCUCAGUUUUCUGAGAGAUUAGAGAAGGAGCUCCGACCACUAGUUCCCGAUGACUAUCAUGUGAAGAUAACUACUCAAGAAGAUCCUAUACUAGGUGUUUGGCGUGGAGGAUCUCUGUUGGCGUCAAGUCCAGAUUUUGAAGCAAUGUGUGUAACUAAGUCUGAGUAUGAGGAGCUUGGUUCUGUUAGAUGUCGCAAGAGAUUCUUUCAUUAACUUCUGCAUGCCAUAAACUCUAUUGCUCCGAGCUUGUACUAACCCAUAUUUUCACUAUUUAUUAGAGUUCAAUCUACUAGAUGGAUUGUGAGGUGUAUGUAUCUUUUAUUGCAAAACUUGCACUUAACAUGCAGCAUGCUUAGGUAGUUAGUUAGGUAUGUACAGCUUUUAAGUUUAUAACCACUUGGAAAGGAAUCAGUAAUAGCUUUGAGAUUCCAAAGCUAUUUUUUUGGGGGUAAGAA